AUGGCUGAUUUCACUGAGUAUGGUGUGCCCAGCGCUGAGUGGUUGGCACUCGAGCCCUCUUUGCCCAAAAUACCCGAGCUCGCACCGAAGCAAUUGAGGGACUUGGUGAACAAAGGUCGUGAGGAACUGGCAGCACAGUCUAUGAUUGAUCAAGGACUCAGCUCUAAGGUCCAAUUCCAUGAUCACACAGUGCCUACUCGUGACGGUGCAGCUCUGGAAGCACGCAUCUACCGUCCAUUGGGAAUUCCACUUUCCCAGCCACUUCCAUUGUACAUCCACAUCCACGGAGGGGGCUACAUCUUUGGAACCCUCGCCUCCGAAGACGCGAUUUGCUCCCGAAUCGUAGUCUCACGACAAGAAAAGGGCACCCCCGUUGCUGUGUUCAAUGUCAACUACCGCCACACUCCGGAGCACCCAUACCCGACCGCUUGGAACGAUGUGGAAGACGCCUUCGUCUGGGUGCAUGAGAAUAUUGCUGCACUAGGUGGUCUCGCUGACCAGGUUGUUGUGGGCGGUAUAUCUGCCGGUGGACAGUUGACAGCCUCUCUAGCCCUUGCACAGCUUCGAGGUGACAAUAAACUUCUGGCAGCCUGUCCCAAGAUCAGAGGCCAGGUGCUGAUGAUUCCGUGUCUUGUAAGUUUGGAGUACUAUGGUGCACGGAAGGAAUUACUGCGCAGUCCUGAGCUGUCAAGUCUUGUGCAAUGUGCCGAUGCACCUAUCCUUCCGAUGAGUCGGCUUGAAUUCUUCAUGAAGAUGCUGGAAUUGCCACUUGCUGAGGACGCAAGUCGUGAUCUCAGGAUGAAUCCUGGGAAUGCUACUGCGGAGGAGGUUAAGAAUUUGCCUCCUACAACUUUCGGAAUUGCUGGGAGAGAUCCCCUGCGAGAUGAGGCACUUUUUUACUCCAAGCUACUUAAUGAUAGCGGGGUCCCUACCAAUGUUACUGUUUUCCGCGGUCUUCCUCAUUCAUUCCGGCGACACGGAAACGCACUGGAAAAGGCGAGUAAAAAGUGGGAUGAAGUUAUGAGUGAUGGAAUAUCCUGGGCUUUGGGUAAUCCUAAGGCUGGAGCUUGGGAAAUUAAAACCGAUUAA